UCCCGAUAUAAACAGCGCGCGGACACUGGUAGGCUUAAUGCACACGCGUGGACAGACACAGCGUUCAAUUUGCUCGGUCUGAAAUCACCCCAAAAUAUCCGAGUUAGCCAUUUUGCCCUACACAAUAUCGACUCACGGACAGUCCGGCCAUUGAUAAACCAGCUGUUCUCACUGGUCACGCUUGUUGAUUACAGAGGCAGACAAACCAGGGGGAAGAAGAACCACAUCCCGACCAGAACAGGUCUGACAUCUCCCAGAAACGAAGCGUCUCUAACUUCCCUCCCUGAUCAACCUAAUCACAACGGGAGAUGGAGAUCAUUAAAGUAGAUAAAGCAGACAAAGCACCCGAGCCACAGCUGAAGGGCAUUGUGACGCGACUGUUCAGCGAGCAGGGCUUCUACCUGCAGAUGAAGCCGGACGGCACCAUAAAUGGGACCAAGGACGAGAACAGCGACUACACUCUGUUUAACCUCAUCCCGGUGGGGCUGCGGGUGGUAGCCAUCCAGGGGGUGAAGGCCGGCCUCUACGCCGCCAUGAAUGGAGAGGGCUUCCUCUACACCUCAGACUUGUUCACAGUAGAGGCGAAAUUCAAGGAGUCUGUGUUUGAGAACUACUACGUCAUCUACUCAUCAACACUGUACCGGCAGCACGAAUCUGGCAGGGCCUGGUACAUGGGCCUCAACAAGGAUGGCGUGGUCAUGAAGGGCAACCGAGUGAAGAAGACCAAGCCCUCUUCACACUUUGUGCCCAGACCCAUCGAAGUUUGCAUGUACAAAGAGCCAUCGCUGCAUGACAUUGAGGAGAAGGGCCGCUCACGGAAAGACUCAGGAACUGAGGCUCCCGCUCUCCUAAACGGAGGAGAAAAAGUGGCGGGCCAGGACUCCACAGGGCAGGACGGUGGCUCAUAGCCUGCACAUCGCCCCAUUGAUUUCUUACACCUUGUUCAACGACCACAACAACGACGAUAAAUGAGAACACAACAAAAUAUAAAAAAUAAACAUAUUUUAAAAUCAGGACGUUGAAUUGACAUUUUAUGCAAAAGCCUGAUGCGAGUGUGGCACCAGGAAGCUCAUCCUCCUUAUCAUGACAAUGUCAAUGUUUCAAAGUCAAGCUCUAAAAUAAGCUUUAAACCAUGCUAGUUCACACAUCUUGAUUUAAUGAAUGUGACAGCACUUUCAUUGUGUUGUUAUAAUCAUGAAUAAGAAUUGUAUUGUAAUUGAUUUAGGGCUCUAUUCAAUCUGAUCGACUUUUGUCGGCAUACGCAUAGCGGUCGUCUUGGCGGUGUCGGAGAUGGAACUGCGCUAGAGCUGUCAAAUCGACAUGCGGCUCCUGGCAUUAUACCUAAAGCAGACAUUGCCAUUAAGAGAAAUCCCAUGCAGCCUUGUUUACAAGUUCGAACACAGGAAUGUGAGAUUAGGCUGAUAGAAAAUCCUCAUAAUUUCGUUUAAAGAUUUUCAAUUUGAGCGUCAUAUUUUCUCUAUAUCCUACACUUUCUCAUUCUGAACUCGGGUGUGGCUUCAUGACAAUGAUCAAGAGCAGCUGCUCACAGUUUUGACAGCUCCAACACAGUUACACCUCCGACACUGCCAAAACAUCAGCUAUGGGGGUGUCGGCUAUCACCGGUUAAAGCUUGAUCUGAUUGACUCUAGGCCUAAGACUCUUUUCCCCCCUCCCUCCUAUCAUUACGAUCAUUUUCCUUUUGGGUUGGAGGAGGGGAGUCAUGGCGGGGUAAAGGCAGGGGUUUGGCACGGGGAGGUUUGAGGGUCUCUUCUACAGACACUGCUUUCAUAGGGGAACAGGCGUGUAUCACAAAUCCUGCUCUCUGAUUUGAUAUG